AAUAUAAAAAUGUGAAAAUAAAAGCCAAGGAAUACCAAAAUAAAAAAAGUUAUUUGUAAUACAAAACCAUUAAACUCCUACAAACUUUACUUUGCGGCAUUUAGUCAUUAAAAAUGUAAUUUAUUUAAAAUUUAAAACGAAUUAAAAGCAAAUAGCGCAAUGCCUAUCGAUAUAUCGAUAACAGCCAGCUGGCGAUGACCCACCUGCCAUCUGAGCUGUGCUCUGCCUCCCCCGCAAGCCAAAACUAGCCAGAAACUAACCAAGAAAUCUGCACUGGUUGUGUAUAAACAGUUGGAUAAAGAAGAAAACAAAAGUUUUUUUUUGGUAAAAUGGAAAGCGUAAAAACCCAUUUCCAAUAUUAAACAAACGCCAACGAAUCAGACAACGCAGAUAUCAAGAAAUAGCAGGAGAUAAGGGGUGGGAGCAGGGCGGAAAACGACAACAUAUGGAUGUCGGCCGCGAAACGUAAACUCCGAGAUAACGAAAGAAGUGACACGAUACCAACCGAUAAUGGUGGCGGCAAAGUACGAGCGCCUGAGUGCCAACGACGGCGACAAUAGCGGCGGCGUCAGCGGAGCAGCGGCGGGAAACCAUCAUCAUGGUAACAGCGCCACCUCGGAAGACGAGGAGAUCGAGCUCGAUUUGGGCCAGCACAAGAUAGGGCCAAACAAUGGCAACCAGACGCAUCGGACGCAACGGCAGAGCAACUUUAAAUACGCCGUCAGCAAGGCGGAUUCAUCAGCAGGAGUGGAGGGCGGCGAUACCACGCUGGCACGACAGGAGAAUAUGAUGAUGCAAAUGGCCGUGGGCACGCUGGCCAUUAUCCUGCUCUAUCUCACCUUGUCCAUCUCGCUGACCUUCUACCAGACGGACAUCAACCGGCAGAUGCCCUUCCCCCUGGCCAUUGUCACGUACCAUCUGGUGUUGAAAUUCCUGCUUGCAGCUUUGGCCCGUCGGAUAUACAAGCUGCGUGUGGGCAGGUCCCGUGUCCAACUGGACUGGCGAGUGGCGCUGCGCAAGAUGGCUCCGACUGGUGUGGCCAGUGCCAUAGAUAUUGGCUUCUCCAACUGGGGGCUAGCUCUGGUGCCCAUCUCGCUGUACACUAUGACCAAGUCCUCGACCAUUGUGUUUAUCCUGCUGUUUGCCAUUGCCCUGGGACUGGAGAAGAAGAGCUGGUAUCUGGUUUCGAUUGUGGGCCUGAUAGGCACUGGCCUGGUGAUGUUCACCUACAAGUCCACGCAGUUCAACGCCCUGGGCUUCUUCUUCAUCCUCUUCGCAUCGCUGAGCAGCGGCCUGCGCUGGAGUUUCGCCCAGUUCAUUAUGCAGAAAUCUAAGUUAGGAUUGCACAAUCCCAUCGACAUGAUCUACUACAUGCAGCCGUGGAUGAUUGCCUCGCUGGUGCCGCUGGUUCUAGGAAUCGAAGGUGUCAAGCUGGUGAAGGUUCUAGAGGAUAUGCACAAUUACACCUCGAAUGAGAUCACCUGGGCUAUUGCCAGGAUCACGUUUGGUGCUCUGCUGGCCUUUCUCAUGGAGUUCAGCGAGUUUCUGGUGCUGUGCAAGACCUCCAGCCUUACCCUCUCGAUAGCCGGUAUCUUCAAGGACAUCUGUCAGCUGGCCUUGGCCGUAACUCUGAAAAAGGAUAAACUGAGUCUGAUCAAUGUGAUCGGGCUGGUGGUCUGCCUGGCGGGCAUCAUGUGCCACCUGCUGCACAAGUACUCCAGCAUGAAGGAGGCGCAGAAACAGCAAAAGGCCUUGGCGUUUGACAACGACAACGAGGAAUCCUCCAGCGAAUACAAAUUCAACGCGAGCGGCGAUGUGGCUGCUGGCGGUGCCGCCGUCGGUGUCCAUGUCAGCAAGUCGCACUCGACGCUUACGGUGCCGUUGCUGGAGCAGACCGAUUCGGAGGACGAAUCGGGCAAUGAUCCCAGCAACAGCAAACAAAAUGCCUCCGAUGUGAUUUUCGAUGUGCUGAAAAGGCGGGAUAUGCAGCGAUGAAAGCGGCUGCAGUGCUGCCAGCCACUUGUACAGAUGUCCAGCCACCUGGACGCCGUUGUCCUGUAAAUGUUGUAAAUUCCAACGACUCCUUCCUUCUACUUAACCCCCCAAACAUAACUCUACUUACGACACUGGGAUAGCCAAGCAGGUUUAAGUUAGUUAGUUUGAAAUUUUUAAAUUAUAAUUAUUUCAACACAGAUCUUUUCAAAGGAUUAGCGAAAAGCAGUGCGUGCUUGUUUGCGUGUGUGCUAUCCUGGUUGAAAUAAUUCCCUGAUGAUGACAAGUCAGCAUGGAGAUGUUGAAGUAAACUUUGGGCAACAUUGCUGAAUGCUUUUGCAUUUAUUUAAUACAAAAAACUUUAGCUAUCUUUAAGAGCUUUUUAUGAGCAUGUUUCAAAUCAAUUCCCUUUGCCUAAAGUGAACUACUUCAUCUCCCACGAAAAUAUAUAUCUCGCUUUUUUAAUAUUCCGAAAAUUAACCCUCCUAUAUUUUUUAGAAACCUGUGUAAAAAUAACAAAUAAGAUGACAGCCUUAAAGAUCCUUUCAA